CCUGGCUAGAACAUCGCCACUUUAGAGUCCCCACAGCCUGAUAUAUGACAGUGAUUGAUGAUCCCACGCGAAGAAGUGAAAGCCGCCUACAAUAUGCAAUAAUUAAGCCACAGGCUUCUAUUGGACAACUACCAAUCUUGGACAGUGCACAUACCAGUCCAAAAUCAAUCAGGUUAACACAGGGCCCUCGUUGCGCAUUAAUGUUCUAUAUUUGUGCAGUUCACUGUUACUGAUACUAACCGACUUUGGCAAUUUCAGCACAUCAUAUGCGAACAACAUUUUGGUCCCGUAGUGAUGGCAGAUCAUCGUAGGCCGAAAUUGACCGGGAAGGAAUCGUCCCAGCCGGUCACAUCAACACCUAGGGUUCGGCUAAGCUGCGAACUGUGUCGUCAACGGAAGGUAAAAUGUGACAAGCUGAACCCCUGCACAAAUUGUCAGCGUUUCGGUGCCACCUGCGUGCCUGUUGAACGAGCGCGACUGCCGCGAGGCCGGUCGGGCAGGGUAGCAAAGAAUGCACCAGUACAGGAUACCAACUUGAAAGAGCGCGUGUCCAGACUCGAGGAACUACUUCGGGAAUUGACUGAGCAUGAUAAUGGCAACAUCACCACACAAGCUGGUUCCAAUAACCAGGAAAGCUCGGAUCAAGAUUCUACCGGUAAGGACGCGGACAAGUCUGAACCUGAGACAGUGAAUUCUUUGUGGGCGGACAUUUUGAGACAGAUACACGAUGUGCGCGGUCUUGGGGAUCAUGGCUCAACCAACGGAGGCAGUGCUUCCGACAGUAGCGCCAUGAAAUACAGAGAGCUUCUUGCAAUACCAAAGGGAGUUGGCUCUUUGAUAGUUACUAGAGAACCGGCCCUUACCAUACAGGAUGAGAAAAAUUUAGUUCGAAUCUACCUGGAAAGAAUUGACCCCGUCUUCAAAAUAUUACAUGCUCCUUCGCUCAAGGCAUUUCUACUCUAUGGUGACCCCUACCUUGACUAUAAGCAGGGUCACAUGGCGCCUGCAACACUAGCCUCUGCAAUUUACUUUGCAGCUUCCUGCAGCGUUGCAGAUGAUGAAAGUCAAAAACUAUUUGGAUGCAACAAAAGCCGGUUAGUGGCACGAUAUCAACGGGAGUCGGAGGCAGCUUUAGCGAAAGCAGACUUCAUGACUAGCAAUGAUAUCACAAUCCUGCAAGCCUUUCUUCUUUUUUUGUUAGCGUCUCGGUCCCAAGACUCAAGCCGACGGGUCUGGACUAUGCUGAGCAUGGCUCUUCGUAUUGCCCAGGCACUUUCACUCCACGUACCUGAACUUCCGUUUCCUGUACGGCCAUUUGAACGUGAACUGCGUCGACGUACAUGGCUCAUCAUUGGCUUUCUCGAUAUUCAGUGCUCAUUAGAGCGCGCAUCGGAACCCAUGAUGCAGGCAAUCUGGGUAGAGUCAAACCCGCCUUCAAACGUCAACGAUAGUGAUAUAAGUUUUGGCAUGGAUGACCAGGUGCAAGAAUCAGAAGAAUUCACAGACAUGACCUUUCCGAUGAUUGUGUUGAAAGCGCAAUGCACUAUCAGAUUGCUCAAUUUCACGGACUUCACAGACACAACCGUGAGAAGCAUCAACAAGCGACAACAACUUGUAAUUGAAUUUCAAGACACAGCGUCAAAGCUACUUCAGCAUUCUCAGCCAGACAAGGUUCCAUUUCAUUGGUAUGCCAGACAAGUAGCUGAGAUUAUAAGCGCUAUCAUGCAGCUAAUUGUUCUUCGACCCUUACAACGGAAUCCGAAUUUUGUUCCUCCUCGCGUUCGAGGGGGGCGACUCCUCCAGAUGGCUGUUGACAUCCUUAAGAUGUCGCAGACCCUACAAACCGACCCGAGGGGUAUACCGUGGCAAUGGUUCGAAUACAUGUUCGUUCCAUGGCAUUCCCUCGCUGUUGCCAUCGCCGAACUAUGUGUUUGCGACGACCUUUCCGUAAUGGAGAAGUUUUGGGGGCCUGUCCGAGGAGCGUUUGAGCAUCUGGGUAACUUAAUUGCUGAUUCGCGCGAAGGGAUAUUUUGGAAACCGAUGGAGAAAAUCAUGGCACAAGCAGAAGCAAAGAGAAAUGAACUAUUAGCGGCGUCUAAUAUUUCUCCAUACCCGUCACGAUUUCCGGAAACUGCUCCCUUACAAGUGCCAGUUUGCUCACAGGCGGAUAUGCAACCCCCCGUGGCUUUUACAGGAGAUAUGAUGCCUGGAACUGGGGCUUAUAUUGAGACCGUCCCUAUGGUAACUCUACCGGAGACAGUCGGGCUUGGGCUAUGGCCUAGUGUAUGGGAUGCAGUUGAUUUUGGCUGUCCGGUAUCAACCAACGAGAUGUCUUGGUUGAGCUACGAGAAUUUCAUUGAGGACAUUUACGGAAAUAUGGACUAUACCCUGGUACAUUGACUAGCAGCGACUUGCGUUCAACUUGGGCCUCGACGCCGAACAGUUAUACCUUAAUAAUCGAAUGUAUUCAAUAAUAAA